UUGAAGAUAAAGGCUAAGCACACCCACCAUUUCUUAAAACAAUCCUUUGCCCUGAAACCCAAAUUUCUUCCCAAGAGAAUAUGUUUGAUCAUGCCACAAAGCUGCCCAAAUCUGAUCUCUGUCUGUCGAAGUAUGACUCCAGGGAGAAAAACACAGGUCAAAAUUAUAGGAGUUGGAACGCCGUGGGAGCUGAUCAAACUUUCCUGACGGAAGAAGAUGAGUCUGGAGUUUCCACUCCUCCUUUAUGGGGAACUAAUCCUUCAACGAGUGGAAAGAACAUUAAUUACCGAUGUUUAUCGCCGUCGUCUAAAGCUGAAGCCAUCGCUCGAGGCCAAAGGGAGCUUAUGGAAAUGGUUAGCAGGAUGCCCGAGUCUUGUUUCGAACUCACCUUGAAAGAUCUUGUUGAACACCGGGAUGCGGCUGUUGAAUCCAAACAGGCUGAAGGGAGAGGCGCGUUCAAUGAAGAUGCAUACAGCAAAGAGAAGGGGAAGAAAAAACCGCAAAUGAAUAGAAGUGCGAGCAUAGAUAAUGAAGGGUUUCUUCUGAAAAUGGUGUUUCCAUUUUCCUUAGGGUCAAAGUCCAAGAACAAGAACAAGAAGAAGAUGAAGGGAAAUGGUUCAAACGUAAAUUAUAACCCCUCUAGUGUUUCUCUGAAGCCAACAAUAUCAGAUGAACCUGGUAAGAGCACAGAUAAAGAGUGGUGGAAGAAGAGAUGGGGGUCAAGCGAAAGUGACAGCGGUGCAUCCAAUAUAAACAGUGGAAUCACCAAAAGCAGCCGUAGCAGCAGCACCGGUAGCAGCAACAGCUGCGGGAGCGUUAGCAAUACCAGCCGCAGGCAUACCGGGAAGGGAUGCUUGGCUUUCAUCCAGGGAUGGACAUAGACGGGAACUGAUAGGGGCAGCCAUCGGCCUUGUUUGAAAAUGGAGUUGAAUGGGUAAAUUAUAUUUCCAGGAAUGCUAAAUGCUUGCGUACAAUAGAUCGGAUAUUGUAAAGCCAGUGGAAAUGAAUCAUGAUUUUGUUUUACGCUAAUUUGAAAUGAGCAGAACAAAUGAUUUUAGUAGUGACAAAAUGAACAGAUAUAUGGGGAA